GAAGCUGCUUUCCCUCUGGACUGUCUGUAGUUGAACCUCACGGAGGGAAUAUUUCAUCUCUUGUGGCCGCAGUGACUUCAGUCAGGCUUGGAGAGAGUUUAUUAUUAACGUGAGACUAACUGCUGCUGUGGGAAUAGUCACCGCGUUUGAACGAAUCGUCUUGUACGAGGAGACUGAUCAUCAGGGUGGAUUGCUGGGAGUCACAGAAAACUGCAGUUUUUCACUGAAGUUGCAAAUAACAGGUCUUCACCUUGAAUGCAGGGGAGCCACGUUUGAAUCCUGGUCACGGCAGGAGGGGAAUCUGGUGUGAAAUCAAGCCAAGUUCCACUGACUUACUUUGCGCGACAUCCAUGUGAUUCCAAGACCAGCCUGGCUGAUGGGAUAUGGGAGGAUGGACCAAAAAAAUAUGCUUGACUAAUUGAGUCUUUCAAGGCAGGCGAAGAGGACAUAGAAGAUCUUUGGGAUCAAUGGAGAUGGAUGAUGAGGACAUUUGCGGUCUUAAGGACAGAGGAAAAGUCAAAGCAGACACAGUAUGGCAAUGGCGAAUUUUGCAUGCAAAGAAAUAUUCAACACAUCCAGAUCCAUUCUUUUACAGUAACAAAAUUGGACUGAAUUAUAAUGUUGCCUCCAGCUCUCACCCAAAACUGAAUUCACCAUUUGUGCCAAAUGGUGUCAUACUUGAGGUGUGUGAAUUUGCUCGAACGAUCAUCAAGAGUCGCAUGCACUUCAUCCCAAACAUUCUGGAAAACAAUUUUGAUCUCGGAUUUGAAAAUGAUCAACAGCGGAUCGAUUUCACUGCUCAGAUUCAGCACAAGUUGGAAGACUUGGUUCGAAAAGCUGUCACAGAUGAAAAUGAAGUUUUUUCUCUUUUUGACACUUGGAAGACAGAAGGUAGCAAUAAUGGACUGAACAAGGCAACAAGGACACACAAACCUCAGAGUUUCUUCAUGGAAAUUGAGAAUAUAAGUGAACUUGAACAAUUAUUGAAAUGUUCCUCUGAAAAAGAGACAGAAGAGAUAUCAGGAUCACACACUGAUGGCGGUGAUCAGAAAGAUAACACUGAUUGUUCAGGAGCAGAAAUGAAAGAAGUCGUCAGUGCAGACAUUCCUUUGAUGUUGUUCACUUCUUGUGAAAACAUUGGUUUGAACCUUGGCACGGGAACUAAACAAAGUCUUGAUCCAGGCUUGUUAACAGAGAGAGUGAUGUUGGAGUUGGUGGAUUUUGCUCGAGUCUUGACUGCCUCCUUCACCUCCAUUGUCGUCAGUGUGUUGGAGCAUAAUUUUGAGCUUGAUCUGAAAAGUCAAGAGAGAAGGAAUGAAGUGUGGUUAUUGAUAUCACAGAUGCUAAAAAGGGGGAAACACAUUGCUGCCAGCAACACAAACUUCAUCCCAGAGUUUGAAAAUGAGCCAUUUUUCUUUGAGAGAAACCCAUUAAAGAGAGCCUAUGUACCAGCACUGUCUACAGUGGAAACCCUUCUGUCAGAAGAGGCAAAGAGACAAAAGCUGGACUUCAGUACUUCUUAUGAAAAGAUGCUUCCUUCAGUCACAAAGUUCAUCUUGAAGAAAGACCAAGGACAACUGGAUGAAAAUGUAAACGGGAAAAGUCUUUCUCACAACACUGAGUUGUGUCCAAGUGCAGAAGAGGAAGAUGAGCAUUGCCACAUGUGCCCUGUGGAGAACGAUGCAGAUUCAGAAAGUAGUGUUGUACAAAACUCAACUGGCUGUGACAUGUCCACAGAAUCAUUAAGUAGGUUGAGUAAACAGUCUCAUGCCACCACUGAUGGUUCAUGUAAUUCAUCCACAUUGAACAAAGAUCUUACCCCACCAUCUGACUUCCAGCCAAAUAAAACUCUGGUGCAAGGCAACGGUGAGACACAGAUUCCAAGAAAUGUACCAAAUGACUGCGGCAUCGACCAAGAAAGAGAAAUAGAUUCCAGUUUGUGGAAACUGCGUGCGGGUCGCGUAAACCAAAUCCUCCUGACACUGGACAAAGACCAAUCCAGAUUCAUUUCUGUGAGGAAUCUCGGUGUCGAGUUUGAUGUUGGGUUUGGACCCAAACAGAAUCUUGGCCUUGAUGAUUUGACAAGUCCAGUUCUUUUUGAACUUGCACAAUUUGCAUUAGCCAUGAAUUCAUCUCAGCAGGAAUUCAUCCAGGAGAUUCUUGAGAACAACUUUGACUUGGGCCUACAAAGUGAACGCCAUCAAAAAACCUUCAUGUGUGAAGUCAUGAAGCGAGUAAGAGAACUUCAAAAAUGUGAGGAUGCGGUGAAAUUCUCAAAAGAGGGUUUUGAACUUCCAGUUUCAGUGUCACCUGUUGACAGUGUUUAUCAGAGCAGUGUCAUUGCUGAACCCAGCCCCAUGUCAAACAUUGGAUAUUGUGAAGGCAGACCAGUGUGUGGUCCUAAUUCUCAUGCUGAAGCCAGAGUGGACUCACCUUCAGAACCUGAAUCUGUUUCAGAGGACGACAUGGAUCUUUACCCUUUCUGUAAGGACAUUGGUCUGAGGCUUCAAGUUCAAUGCAGGCAUUCAACUGGAAAGCUUGUCAUCAAUAAACUGACCAAAGGAGCAAUGACUGAAGUGGUGAAAUUUGCAGGAAAAUUGUGUGGAACCUUUGAAGAGAUCUGCAUGGAUGUGCUCAGACACAACUUUGACUUGCAAAGUAUGGAUUCUUACCUUGCAACAUCAAUUUUUGGUCAAAUCGUUGUUGCAACUAAACUGAAGAAUCUAUCAGAUAACUUCUCUUGCAGAAUAAUGAAACAUUCCAUGGCAGAUCCUUCAAUACUCAUGUAUGGAAGAAAGCCCAGUGACACAGAAGCACAAAAUAAUCCCAACUUGUUAUUGUGGAUGCUGCGAGAAAAUCAUGUUAAACAUAUCCUUUCAGUGCUUCAUGGAGGUCAGUGUCCACUUUAUUCUUACUCCAGGUGUAAGAAAUUAGGCCUUGAUUUUAAUGUGGGGUCUGGAGUGAAACAGAGCCUUGAUCCAAAAUGCUUAACAAAUGGCAUCAUGGUUGAACUUGCCACUUUUGCCAAGACACUGCAGUUAUCUGAAAAGGAUUUCAUGACAGAGAUUCUGGAGUUUAAUUUUGAUCUAAAUUUCAACAACGAACUCCAUCGCAGUGCGUUUACAAAACGACUGAGCGCAGAUGUUUUUCAGCUCAUUUCAAGAAACAAGAAAUUCCCGCUGAAGAACAAACAUCAACAGUUUGAGCUCCCUGACUUGAGAUGUUUAGAAGAAUGCAAUCCGGAUUGCCUCAAAUGUUACCAAGACAGGAUUGAAACCUGUUUUCAGGAUGAAUCUGAAUCUGGUCACAUGCCUCAUGUUCGUCCUCAUAACACCACUGAUGAAUCACGAGUUCAUAUCUGCACACAACCAAAGUUUGCAAAGAUCCCAGUCUCUAAUUUCUCAUCAGCAGAAAUUUUAACCAAGCCCUUCCGUCACAGUAAGGAAGUUGGUUUAAGCCUGUGUGUGGACAGAGACCACCCAAAAGAGAAGUUAGACUUGCAUGUUCUGACGGAGGGAGUGAUGCUUGAUGUGUAUCAUUUUGCCCAAAAACUGUGUGGAGCAGAAACUGAGAUCAUUCAUGAUGUUCUUGAGCACAACUUCAACUUGACACAGAAUCACAUUGAAGAUCUGACUCGACAUUUCUGUGACAGAAUGAGAACAAACAUUGAGGAGCUCGCCUGGUUCAAUGAAGUUGUUGAGCUUGAUAAAGCUCCUUCCACAGCUCACCAAAAAGAAAGUGAUGGUUGCUUUGAAAAAGUAUCCAGUUGUGAGGGUGCUUCCCAUUUCAUGGCCACUGAUGAUUUACCCAGUUCACCUGUCAACACAGAUGUGAGUUCACCAUCGUCAGAUGUACCUGAAGAAGUCAUGAUGCAAGAAAGUGAAACAGAAGACGAGACCCUCCAAAAUAUUCCAAACAAAUCUGACAUGAACCAUGAGGAAAUGGAAGCAGAGACCAACAUGUGGAAGUUCCGUUCCAAUUAUGUGAAAAGAAUCCUACUUGCUCUUUUGAAUGAGUUUUUCCCACACUGGAACGUGGGAUUUCUCAAGUUUGAUGUUGCGUCUGGGCCGCCCAGAAACUUCAAUCCUGAAAGAUUGACAGCUUCUCAUCUGCACAAAGUUGUUCUUUUUGCAUUAGCACUGAGUUCAUCCCAGCAUAAUGUCCUUGUGGAUAUUCUAGAAUACAACUUUAACUUAGGCCUGCAGAGUGAAUACCAGAAAAUAACAUUUGCAUGUGAAGUCAUGAAAAGAGUACAGGAAUUAUUAGCCCGUGACGACAGAGAUAACAUUUUGAAAGAGGUGUUUGUUUUGCCAGGUUCUCUGUCAUUCAGUAAUGUGAAGUGUGAGAGUGAUGACAGUGUUGAUUCUGAACCUGAAACUUCGCAGACAGCUUCAGACCUUUAUCCAUUCUGCAAGAAGAUUGGUUUGAAGCUCAAUGUGAGUUUCUGUCGCCCAGAUAAAAAGCUAGAACUCCACAAACUGACCAACGGAGCAAUGAUUGAGGUUGUGAACUUUGCAGAAAAAUUGUGUGGAAGCUACGAGCAGAUUUGUGUUGAUGUCCUGCGGCACAACUUUGAUUUUGAUUUGCAGAUAUCAGAUUCUGAUCUUGCUCAAAAUAUUCUUUCACAGGUUCCUUUUGCCAUUGAGGAAACUAAUCUUCGUUGUUUUUCCAAAGAAAUAAAGCUUGCAACCAGAGUCAACUUAAAUGUCUUGGACUCUCAGAGGAAUACAUCUUCACAAACAAGCACUAUGAGUUCAGUUAAAACAGAGAUGAACCAGAGUGCAAGUCAACCCGGUGACGUUGAAGCACAAAAUGAUCCAGAGUUGCUGUUGUGGAAACUACGAGCCAACCGAGUUCAGCAAAUCCUCUCAGUGCCCCACAAAGACCAGUGUCCACUUCACCCUUACAGCAGAUGUAAGACAUUAGGCAUUGAUUUUGAUGUAGGAUCUGGUUUGAAACGUCGUCUUGAUCCAAAACUGUUGACCAAUGGCAUCAUGUGUGAACUUUACACUUUUGCCACAGAACUCUGGUCAUCCACGAAACAUUUCAUGACAGAGAUUUUGGAGUACAAUUUCAGUCUGCACUUCAACAAUGCACUUCACCGAAGUGCUUUUGCAAACUCACUGAUGGAGGCAGUCAGAUUGAUGAAUCAGAAAAGAUCCUCAGUCUUGCUCCUGAAAUCCCUGUUUGAUCUGCCAGAUGAGAGAUGGAUUCUGGAAGUGGCACCAAUUCAUAAGUGCUGCUUUGAUAGUCCACAUUCUAUGGUGAAUGUUGCCUCUCUUGAUGUGACCCAUGAGAAAACAAAGUCUGGAAAUGCUCCAAUAUCCACUUUCCCAGCAACAGAGGUGAUAACAAAGCAAUGCCAUCACUUCAAGAAAGCAGGUUUAAGUCUGUGUGUGGAUAACGCUCACCCAAAGGUUAAACUGGACAAACAUCUCCUGACAUGUAGAGUUAUGCAGGAUGUGUACAGAUUUUCUAAGAAACUUUGUGGAACAAAGUUCAGAAUUGUUAAUGAUAUCCUUGAACACAACUUCGACUUGGACCAUCAGAGUCAUGUGGAAAAUAUUGCAAGUCAUUUUUUUUGCAGACUCAAGUUUUAUAGUGGAGAGCCUAACUGGUUUAAUGAAAUCUUUGAUAUCAAGCCCAUUCCCAAAGAACAAUGUAAAUCGAAAGAACCACCUCCUGUGCUGAGCAGUGAAAGGAGGGAAUUAUUUCAACGAAGGAAACAGGAUAUGGAAAGAGCGAACGAAAUGAUUGUUCAAAGACAACAAGCAAAACAGAUGGGGGAAAACAUCAGUUUUCAUCGCAGUGAUUUGAGCACCAGUCAGUCAGGAGAAGACUACAUGUGCCCUGUAGAAGACGACAUAGAUUCAGAAAAUUAUGUGGGUAAACAUCACCUCACCACCAGUAAUGCUGCAUCAGCUUUGAAUGGAAACACAACUAUGAGCCCACAAUGUCAUCCAAAUGAAACCCAGUUGGCAGGUGAUGAACAUGUUCCAAGAAGUUUGCCAAAUGGAUGUAUCAUAGACCAAGAAAUGGACCCAGAGCUCAAAAUGUGGAAAUUUCGUACCAACCGUGUGAGACAAAUUCUCCCAUUCCUAAAGGUGUCGUCCCAUUACAUGUUCAAUGUUAACUAUGUCCAUACCUUGUGUCCAAAGCAUUGUUACGAAUCAGACAUCCUGCAGCGCCCCCGCCCUGCAUGUUUUCCAUGUCUCCCUGCUUCAACACAACUGAAUCUCAGGACGGUGCCAUCAACAACUCCAUCAGAAAAUCCGGUCACAAGCCACUCAUUACAAUCAGCCAUAAUGAAGCAGGGAGACACUGAAAACAUGCAGAACUGUGGCCGUCCAGUAUCUGAGUUUGAGACAGUUUUUGUAGACUUUGAUGUUGGCUUUCAGCCGAAAAGAAACUUGAGUCCUGACCAUUUGACCAACUAUGCUCUUCUUUACAUCGCUCUGUUUGCCCUUGAGAUGAAUGCAUCCCAAGAAGAAUUCAUGAUGGAGAUUCUGAAAAAUAACUUUGACUUACGCCUAAAGAGCAAAGACAGUGAGAAAUCCUUUGCAAGGGAAGUCAUGAAACAAGUAAGAGAGCUUGUUAACUGUGGGGAAGCAGCUAAAGACUUAAGGGAGGUGUUUAAAUUUCCAGGCUUUGUCUCAUUCAGUGAUUUGAACCAUCAGACCAGCAGCAGUAUUGAAUCUGAACCACACCCCACAUCAAGCACAGAAGAAUGUGAUGUUUCUCCGAUGGCUGCUCCAAGUCUGUCUGCUGAAAGUGAACUGAGCACUGAAACUUCCCAGAACAAUGUGGAUCUUUACCCGUUCUGCAACGACAUUGGUUUGAAGCUUACUGUAUGUGGCUGUCAACCAAACAAAAAACUUGACAUCAACAAACUAACCAAAGGAGCAAUGAUUGAAGUUUUGACUUUUGCAGAAAAAUUGUGUGGAAGCUACGAGCAGAUUUGUGUUGAUGUCCUGAGGCACAACUUUGAUCUGGAUUUGCAAGAUGUCGAUACAGAUCCGGCGAGAAAAGUUCUGGAACAGGUUCCUCUUGUGAUUGCACAAAGAAAUCUUCAGCGCAAUUUCAAAAGAGUGAGAUCCCGAGGAAAAUUUAGCCCAAUUGACAUAAACUGCCAAAACAGUCCAAGUUCAGAAUCAUGCAGUACUGGCCCUGUCAGAGCAAAUAUUGACCGCAGUAUGAUUAUCCACAGUGACAUUAAAGUACAAAAUGACCCAGAUUUACUGCUGUGGAGACUACGAGCAAAUCGUAUUCAGCAGAUACUCUCUGUGCCUCAUGGAGAACAAUGCCCGUUUUACCCAUACAAGAGAUGUGUGAAAUCAGGCAUUGACUUUAAUGUAGGAUCUGGACUGAAACGUAAUCUUGAUCCAAAGCUGUUGACCAAUGGUGUCAUGAGUGAACUUUGGACUUUCUCCGAUGCACUGUUGUCAUCUGUAAAGCAUUUCAUAACAGAAAUAUGGGAGUACAAUUUUCAUCUAAAUUUCAAAGGUGAGUUGCACCGCAGUGCCUUCACCCAGCGAUCUGUGAAAUUACAGAAAGUGUUUUCUCAGCCGGCAAUCUUACGAAAGCUCUACAAGUUUCCUGAUCCAAUGUGCAUAAAGGAAAAAGUUCUAUGUUGCCGCAAAUGUUACCAAGAUCGACAAGAUGAUCCUGGCAAAGUGACAUGUAGUCGUCCACAUAUCAUGACUGACCAAGCCACUGCUGAUGCUCACUGCCCAGAACAAAAACCUUAUGAGGCUCCAAUCGCUAAUUUCCCAGCAACUGAGAUUCUAACGAAGCGUUUCCGUUCCUGUGCGGCUGUGGGACUAAGCCUGUGUGUGGACAGAAAUUACCCAAGAAGCAAAGUGGACCAGCGUGUGCUGACUAAUGCAGUUCAGAAGGAGAUUGAGUUAUUUGCCACAAGACUGUGUGGAACAAGAUUGAAGAACGUCAGUGACAUACUUGAACACAACUUCCAAUUGGGCAUGCCCGAUCAAUUUCAAACUCUUACACGUCAGUUUUCCCAAAGAGUAGGAGUAGAUGCUGGAGAACCCAUGUGGUUUGAUGAAGUGGUCGACUUGGAGUUAGUUCCUCCAAAAACCAAUUACCAAAAGAAAGACGUGUCUGUUGAUCAGCGAAAUGAAAGGAAGGAAGCGCUCAAAAGAAGACAACUGGAUAUGGUAGCAAAGAAGGAACAAAGGAAAGAUCCAGUUGUAAAAACACCAUAUCAGAGGGCAAAUAAAAACAUGGAUCCCUAUCCCAUUUGCAGAGAAAUCGGUCUGGACUUAGAAGUGUCAUCACAGUCUGGAGAAAAAGAAAAACUGGACCUGUCACUUCUGACAACAUCUGUAGUGUUUGAAAUACACAAGUUCGUGGCAAAGAAGUCAUAUCAGUCCUAUCCCAAAACUUUGUAUAAAAUUUUGAACUACAACUUUGACAUAAGGUCUCAACAUCACAGAAAGCACAAAUUUUCUGUAGACACUGCUUCCAAGUUUGUCAAGUUUGUCGAUAAAAAAAAAAACAGACGUGUGGAGGAAGUCUUCAAGUUGCCUUUUGUGAUUUCCGAGAAGUCGAGGAAGUCAGCUGAGCAAGGUCAUCCACGUACUGAAGGUGAGAAUUUAUUAAAUCCUGAGAGAGUCACUGUGAUGCAGCAUGGCCUCCUUGGUACUGACUGGUCCUACGAAUAUGUAGACAUCAAAGAGGAGAUGGAUGAUCCACCAAGAAGUUAUGGACCAGAAAUGGACUCUGAAGAAAACUAUCCGUCUUUGGAUGAUGCCAGUGGAUAUUUGGACAGUCGUUGUCAUGAAGAUUUAGUCACAGUUAAAACUGAAGAGCUCAGUGGAAACAUGUACCUGACAGAAUGUCCAUCUGGAAAAGUUGAUGUCAAAGAAGAGCCACAAAUGGAAGGUGUCCAGGAUUAUUCCCUGUCUGCACCACCAGUGUCUGAUACACACCAGAAUGUGUCAUUUUACCUUUCUGACCAAUGUGUAAUGGAAACAGUAUCCAGCACUAACGCUGUGAAGUGUGAACCUCUGCAACACUCUGUGGCGAUCAUAAAAGAGGAGGAGCAACAGCAUGUGCCAGAUAAAUGAUGACCAUUGUGAGUGACAUCAAGUGUUCAUGUAAAAAGUUUACACAGCCAGCAGGUAUGAAGAUGUGUGAGCAGCAGAGUCAACUGGCUGAAAUUUCUUCAAUUUAUGUAAGAUUUUGUUUCUAAAAAGAUGUUGAAUACUCAGUUUCAGCGUUACUUGUUGUCUUGAGUUUGGGACUGUUAAAAGAUGUGUGGUUGAGGCUUCACCGCACUCAGGAUCAUUUUGAAUGGCUGUGCCAGUUAUUCAAGAGGAAGUUGUACCAGUGUAAAGGGUUCAGCUCAUUUCUGUCUUGUUCUUUUUAUUUGUUAUUUUGUCAUGGAUGUAAAUUGAGGUUCCAUUUUGAAUUUGUUGAGUAUGUGAAAUCUGCUCGACUUUACGCAUUUUUAUAGGGGUGUCCUCAGAUAGUCGAUGAUUCGACGAUUCGUUCGAAGGGGCCUGAUUCGACUACCAAUCACGCAGUCGAAGCAUCGAAAAAAUGUGGUUAUUAAACGAGGACCAUUCCAUCACAGCU